AUGAGCUCAGAUCUUAUUUGCAUUUUGUUCUUAGUGUUGCGUAAAUUUAGUGCAGUAUUACCUGGAUUUCAGUCGCACUGUGAGGGUGCAUGUGAACGCAGACAUCAUGCAGACUUCAAAAGUAGUGCACGAGAUGAGUCUAAAGGUCGUUUUGCUGUUUUGUUGACUUUAGGGCGUCUCAGUCCUCCCGCAUGUCCUCUGAGAAAACACAAAACCAACCGAAAGCCUCGGACCCCGUUCAGCACGUCGCAGCUGCUGGCGCUGGAGCGGAAGUUCCGGCAGAAACAGUACCUGUCUAUCGCCGAACGGGCCGAGUUCUCCAGCUCGCUGAACUUGACGGAGACUCAGGUGAAGAUCUGGUUCCAGAACAGGCGAGCUAAAGCCAAGCGGCUCCAGGAGGCCGAGCUCGAAAAACUAAAAAUGGCCACUAAACCGAUGCUUCCUCCAGCCUUCGGGAUUUCAUUUCCAGUCGGCGCUCACGUUCCGGCUUCUUAUACGGGAUCGCACCAGUUUCACAGACACUCCGUGAGCAUGACACCGGUGGGACUGUACACACACAUGGGAUACAGCAUGUACCAUUUAGCGUAAAAGACGGCGCAGUGCAUCUGAAGCUCAGCGUGAAGAAAUGUGACUCUGUCGCGCACUCAUGCAGCCGUCUCCAGCGGUUCUGUUCCGAUAAAGGUGGACAUGCUUUACUCUAAUGCUGGCAUUUCAUACGGCCUGUACUUUCACAGAGAGUUAUGAAAAUGGAUUUGGUCAAAGGUAGGUCAGGUGAAAACGGUCUGUAUCUCACACUUGCAUUCGUAGCAAUGCGUUUAUGGUCAAAUGGCGUAUUUCAAACUCGCAUGAAUGUUCUAAACGAUAGCAUUUUAAAAAUGAACAACACUGACUGUUGUUUUAAUGAUUCCCUUCGAAAGGGAUAUCUAAAAUGUAAAAUAUUGUACAUUUUGUCAAAAAUACCGUUUAUAUGACGAAUAUA